GACAUCUAUGUGAAAUGAAUUGAAUAAAAUACCUAAUGUUCUUUCAAACAUACUUAAAACAUUCUUAAAGUUAAACGAAAAUUAAGAAAACUUUUCUCCUUAAAAAAAGUUCAGAUUUACGAAAAAAUUCAGAUUUAACAGUGCUCUUUUAUUUAAUUACACGAUACUUCAUUUUCACAAUUCAGAGUAAGUCUUCCUCCAAGUCUCGACAAGUCUAGAUCCAUCACUGGUUGAUCCGUGACGAUGGUUCGUGUAAUUUUGACGAGGAGUGUACAAAAACCGUGCAGGUCGUUUCAAUGCGUACCAGGUUAUACGCGGUUCCCGGGACAGUGAAUGGAAGUUACACAGUCGGUCCUCACUCCGCAGUCCUCGCGGACUCUUCGACGGAGUCCGUGAGGUUUCUCUUUCCUCUCCGCCCCGCCUUCCUCUUCCAGCGAUCCGUGAAGCGUGGCUUUCCUCUCGCUUCCACUCAGGAUCCUGAAUACCCUCCCACCUUGUCGCUCCGCCGUUCGGUUUCCGUUGCUCUAGCAGAGGCCUCAGCAUAUCGCAUGACUCGAGGCAUGUGGCCCGACAGUUUACUUCGGGAUCUCGAACCGGUCGAAUCGCGAACGAUAUCGAACGGCUCUACGCGUCUGAGGUGGUCUAACACACGAGGACUCUCGAUCACGAACAUGCGCGUCAGGAGCGUCAACGCUAGCCUCGCACUCUCGUCCACGACGAAAGACGUAUCGUGGUCGACAACGGAGGAACCUUUAACGCUCGAAGAGGAGGACGCUAUAGUGACGCUUGUGGUGGUCGUGGUCGGCAUCAUCGUCGCUAUAGUCGUAUUAUUUUCGAUGGGCAUAUUCAUCGACUGCAAGCACCAAAAAAAGGACGCCCUGAUAAAGAAGAAGAAGCUCAAGCUGAGAAUGCCGCCGAUCUCUCGCAUAAAGAGAAGCAAAACGGACGACGUGAAGUCCUUAGCAGCUGGCAUGUGUCCGACUGGUGCCAGUGACUCUGGUUAUCGAACGAGUGCCAUAGUCUGACAUCCUCGCGUCGACUUUGUCAAGAACAAAAGCCAAGUAGCUGGUGGUUUCCAUCGAACUUCUUCGUCACGAAACGCUAUUUAUUCCAACGAUAAGUGAAUAAUCGGUGGCGAUAGUCUCGGUUCAGGAGCGGACAAUCACGCUUGGGUUAUGUCGCGAUGAAAUACUCGCGAAUCAUGCCGCCAUUUGUCGCGAAGAAGUUCUUCGAGCAGACGUUAAUAUUACUCAACAAGGACAAUCUGCUCGUCGGAAAUAUAAAUGGACAUCCAAUUCAGUUUUAUCGCGAGCAAUUACCAACGUUUAGAGUUGUUUUAUGGGAUCGCUUUCAAAAUUUGCAAAAGUAAAGAUAAACAAAUAAGUGACAUAUUUAAGGGAGUCUCAAAGCAUGUAGGAAGAAGAGCUAUACCGGAAGAGCUAUAAAGUCGAAUCGUGUGUUUCAACUUUCGUUCAUGUACGACAAUAUGUAUUAGUUUGUUUAUAUUCACUUGUACAGGUUUUGAAUAACGACUCAAUGCAACAAGGCCAAGCGUUACGUAUGUUGUUUGCCAUGAAAAUUGAAUUGGUUGGUCGUUAUUUGUUAAUAUUAUCCCCCGUAACUGUGAUUUAUAUAUCGUUAUUUAUCUAUGGGUUAUUAGAACCUCUCGAUCGCAUCGAUCGUAUUCAGGGAACUCUCGAGAGUUUCGACGGCUCGAGAUCACGCGUUGCUCGAUGUUUGCUGAAAUCAGUGAGCAUCGUACGCGCGAGAUCAUUAUACGAUACGAAUUUACGAAUCACGUACGAGCGAGCGUGUAUACGUGUGUGGAAACGCGUGUUAAGGCAAGUGUGUUUCGUCGCGCCCAGGAGAAGAAGUUCCAUUCUUGUACACAGAGUUGGGCAAAAUUCUUAUCUAGACUAAUCCAAAUCUUAUCUAGAAGAAUCUUGAGUAACGAGAACAGAAUGAAUAAUUUAUCCAUCGUUCGUUGAAUUAAAUCUAGAAACUGAAAGAAUGAAAUAAUAUGUCACGGUGAACAAAUACAAAUUUUCUAAAAUUUCGUUUCUACAAGAUUGGAAACUGUACUUUUUGAUGUUAUUUUUACGAGUCCUAACCAGGUUUAUGAUUUUUUCAACACCUCACCUUCAGAAUUCAUUUCAUUACUGACGGUCAACGAUCGAAUAAA